CAUCGGCCAGCUAGCGGUCCCAGCGACGACGUAGCUAUCCGCAACAAUGCCUCCGAAAAAGGGCCUCGCUACCACAAGGAAGGUAGACAGGUACAUCUACAUUGACGAAGACGCCGGCCCUCCCGCAGCAACAGUGAAGAGUGUUCACGUUGCCAAAGCAAGGAAUCCUCUGGAAGACAGGAGCACUCCAGCGAAACAACACAGCAGAAGCUGUUCAUUGUUGGCCAACUGUGACGAGGAGAACAUUGACCCUAACGACUUCCGCGGGGUCCCAAAGCGCUCUAAUUCCAUCGAGCCCUGCCAAGCCACUGAGAGCUCCCAUUCAGUCGGGCUACAACAGAGCACCCUUGCCAACAACCUUUUUCCGCCCAAAAACCAAGAGCACGCCCUACCACGGUUCGAGACAGUUGGCUCAAAUAUUCCUCUAAGACCCUUGCGCCGACUGCAACGAUCGGACACGCCCCUCCAAGACACCCCCAACCCGAACCCUUUACACAACCACAACGCGCCCGCCGAACAACAACCAGCACCCCCUCCCAAGACUCGCCGCCUCAAGUCCCGCACAAAGCGCUUGGACUCGACCGCCUCAGAAUCCUCCCAGCAUCCACACGUCUCAUCGGACCCUCCCAUCUAUAAGCCAUCCGCGAAAAUGACCACCAUGAUCCCCGGCGGUGCCUUCGUCCCACCCAACCAGCAGCGUAACCUACGCGCCUGCAUGGUUUGCUCGAUCGUGCGUACGUACACACAGUUCAUGAGCGGCGGCUGCCCCAACUGCGAAGAGAUUCUCGAACUCGCUGGGAACUCCGAGAACGUCAACGACUGCACUUCGCAGGUCUUCGAAGGCCUGAUCACUGUUGCAGAUACUUCGAAGAGCUGGGUUGCCAGGUACCAGCGGCUGGAGGGCUACGUCGCUGGUGUCUACGCUACGCAGGUCGAGGGCAUCCUGCCUGAUGAGAUGAUAUCGGCCAUUGAGGCAGCGGGCAUCAACUACGUACCCAGGGACGGCAGCGAGGACCAGAUGAUUCCCAAGGACUAGUCUUCCGCUCAUUAACACAAAAGAAUGGCGCUGUAGGUGCAAGGCAAAAGAACAACAGGACAACAGGAGGUGGAGCCAUCAUUUUGCAUAUUUAGCAAUGGAGUUACGGCAAAGGAAGCAUGUUAAGAUGCUCAGACCGGGGCAGAUACCAGAUGUAAGAGACAUGUACCAACCAGAAUCUCGCUGUGCUCAUCAUCAACUUAGAGACUAGCAGAGCAGCUUGUGAUGUCAAGCAAGGUGCCGACUAUAAGAUAUGCAAAACUAUGAAAGUUUUCACAUACGAC